AUGAAAGAAUAUUCCAUGUGGGUUACUGUUACAUUUCGCGCAAGUUACUGGCCGCUCGGCUUCGUGUGGUGCAACAUUUAUGUAACCUGUGAUGUGCUGGCCUGUUCGUCGAGUAUACUGCAUAUGUGCUUCAUCAGCCUUGGUCGUUACUUGGGCAUACGAAAUCCGCUGGGAUCGCGACACCGCUCAACUAAACGGCUAGCUGGCAUAAAAAUCGCCAUCGUUUGGGUGAUGGCCAUGAUGGUGUCGAGCUCGAUUACAGUUUUGGGCCUCGUUAAUAAGCACAAUAUUAUGCCAGCGCCGAACAUUUGUGUCAUUAACAAUCGCGCUUUCUUUGUCUUUGGUUCGCUUGUGGCUUUCUACAUUCCUAUGCUGGUGAUGCUCACUUCCUAUGCUUUGACAAUACCGCUGCUGCGCAAGAAAGCACGCUUUGCCGCUGAGCAUCCGGAAAGCGAACUCUUUCGGCGCUUAACUACUACCUUCUUACUAUCCAUAGAUACUGAAAGUAUUGGUAUUAAUAAGUGCUUAUACUUGCUCUUCUUCUGCAGUUUGGGUGGUCGCUUUACAAUACGACCGCAACAUAGCCAGCAGCAGUUGCAACUACACAACAAUAGUAGCUUUCGCAGCAGUAAUAAUAGCCACACCAGCUACAGCAAGUACUGUGUCAGCGACAACAAUCGCAAUUUCAGCGCCAAUAAUCAUGGCAGCAAUGAUGUCGGCAAUAGAGACAAUGGUGAUUAUGACAAACAACGGGCGCAUGGCUUGCGGCAUACAAACAAUUCGAAUUACACAAAUGGCGGCGGCGGUGGCAAUGCUGCAGCGUGUGCGGGUGGAAAUGGCGGCGGUGGCAGUAGCGGCAAUAGCGGCGGUGGUGGCAUCUUUGGUGGCACAUUUCUCAAUUGUCGCACAAGUUUUCGACGCAGCACUAUACGUCAUUCAUCUUCGUCAUCUGUACGCAUCAAAUCUCCACCGCGUGACGCCAGCCGACUGAUGCAAUCACAAUCAGCGCAACAUAGUAGCUAUUGGCGGUCGCACGGCAAUCCAAACAUAAUGGAUAGACCAGAAGCCUAUAAUUAA